AUGAAGACAUUAGGUGUCGUGCUUUUGGUCACAGCCUGCUUAGCUUUGGCUUCAGCUGAUCAGAGUUCGGGCAGCAAGAACAGUAAAGAUAAUGCCUUUAGCAAGAUUCUCCCCCGUUUGUUGUGGAAUCUCCAUAGAGGCGACAAAGACGACCGCCGCAGUCAACAACCCAUCAUCAUAGUCCAGCAACCUAAUUCCAACUCCGACUACGAGUCGGACAGGCGCCAUCACCACCACCACAACCCCUACUAUCCCUACUACCCUCCACCUCCACCACCACCUCCAACUUCCAGGCCAAAUCCCUAUGCUGAAUACCUCAGCGGGCUACCUGGAGGAUCCGGUGCCACCUUCCUCGUCAUCAACCCCAGCAAUGCCCAGAAUAUUUACGCGCCCGCCUCCAGCGGCAACAGUUCCAACUCGACGAGCUCUAGGAGGAGCGCCUUUGUGCCCACCAUCGCCGAUCUCCUCCAAGGUUUGAAUCUGGACGAUCUCUCCGAUGGCAACCUGUUUGAGGAUGACUCCGAGGUGGUUGAAUCUGCCGACGAGGGAAUCUUGGACUCUUUGGCAACACCCGGAGUGGCAUCGGCUGCUCAGGCAGAUGACGAUCGGGAUGACCAGGAUGUGAUCACCGAGGACGAUGUGGAAGCUCUUGACCGCCAGACACGCCGUGGACUGAAUCCCAAGCAUCUAGGUGUCGCUUCUCACGCAGGACAAGCGCCGUCGGAGAAUUCAAGAGGUGCUAGCGGGCAUCUACUUGAGGAACUACAAUCUUAA